ACAGGAAUGACUAUUUAAAUUUUAAAACGUUUGAAACGUACCACAAAAAAACUCGGAGCAAACUUUUGCAUUAUAUUUUCUACAUUCUUUUAAGCAAUUAUUUUAUGCAAAUUCAGUUAAUUGUUAUUAAGUUUCAAUUAUUUUCUUCAGUGUCAACUUAUUGUUUUAAAAUUUUAACUGUGCUUUUAGUAGAAAACUAUGGAUACCAAAGCAUUUUGGAUAGAAUUUCUGGAGAUAUACCACUCACAUCCAGCAUUAUGGCGUUUUAAAAGUAAAGAAUACAAAAAUAAAACAUUGAAAGAAGAGGCGUAUAUAAUUCUAAUUGAGAAAAUGAAAGAGCUUUAUCCCGAGGCGAAUAAGGAUAUGGUGUUAAAGAAAAUAAAUACAUUUCGAUCUUCAUACCGUCGGGAAAAGCGGAAGGUGCAAAACAGCAUGAGGAAUGGAUCGUCUAAAGACAAUAUUUACAAGCCGAAAUGGUUUUUCUUCGAUAAAUUAAAAUUCUUGGACGAACAAUAUGGUGCUAAAGUUAUUACACCGUCCAUGCAUGACGUGGAAAGAGAAGAUGAGGGUUCAUUAGUAGAGCAACUAAUUGCAUUAGCGGAAGGAUUUUUGGCUAAAAAAGAAAACUCUUAUGAGGACGAUGCAGCUGUGGAGGAAUUGUUGAUAAUUAUUUUUAUUUAUUUUUUAUUGAAAGAGAAAGAUGAGGGUUCAUUAGUAGAGCAACUAAUUGCAUUAGCGGAAGGAUUUUUGGAUAAAGAAGAAAACUCUUAUGAGGACGAUGCAGCUGUGGAGGAAUUGUUGAUAACUAUUUUUAUUUAUUUUUUAUUGAAAGACAAAGUAAGCAGAUUUUAGAAAUCGGUGUUUAGGUAGAAAAUUCCAAAGUGCUUUAUUUUUCAUAAAAUCUUAUGUAUGUAGGAUGUACGUAUUCUUAGUUGAUUUCUUUUAAAAUAGUUUUAAUAAUUUUUAUAUUUUUGUUAAAUUUUAUU